AUGAAACAUAAAGGAUUUAAGAUUUUGUUGACCAAAGCGGUGGUAUUCAAGAGUAAAAUCUGUUCGCUUCCCAUGGAUUUGACAUCAAGACGCCCUUGAUUGUCAUUUGUAUUCCAAUUGUAAUUAUUAUGUAUUACAUUUUAUUACUAACCUAUACUUACAAAAUUUUAGAUAACAUCAAAUUAGUUUUCAAUGACACCGAAGAGAGUAAAAGUAUGUAGGUAAGCUAGACUGAACACUGAACAAAUCGAAGUAGGAUAGGUACUAGAUUAAAUAUUUGUAAAAAUAUGUGUAUUUAAACAAUGCUACUAUCUAUGAUAAUUAUUGUUCAAAUUAAAUUUGCGCGGGUUAUAUUUGACCAAUCACUACAAAGUUUUAGUUAUGGAUAAGUUGAUCAAAUUUUUAAUUGCCUGAACCUUGAUUGAAAUAUACUUAUGUUCAUGAAUUAUUUCAGUUAUGGUCUGAACCAUUUUUCAAACAAAUUUUCAGUUAACCGUUCACCAAAUAUUUAAACUUGUGAACGAUUCAUAUAUGGCAUUUAUAAUCCUGGUGAGACUGUAGAAAAACCGUUAUCAAUAAUGAUAGUAACCCAACCUUAGAAACAGCUGCAAUGUUUAUUAUCUGUUUAUUUUAUUUUGCGCUCCCGUUUGUUAUUUUUCACAUUUACUCCUCUCUUCCGUACGGCCACCAGCGUAGAAUUGGAGAGACUUCAAAAGUCUCAACUCGAAAAUGAUUCAUUAGUCAUUGACACAGUCAAAAUUGUUACGAUUUUUGUUAGGUAUUUGUUAUAUUUUAGUUAUAUUGGCAGUUGUAUAUCGGUUAUUUAUCGUUACCUAAUGAAUGAAAUGGUAUUGUGUAUUGUUGUGUUUUUGAAAUAAUAAUGAAAAGUUAUACAAUAGAUUGUGUUAUCCAAUAUCGACAUUUGCGGUGUCCAGUUCAUCAACUACACUAAGUUAGGAUAAACAUUAGUGAGUACAAAUCGAUUAAGAUAUAUUUUUUUUUUUUUUGAAAGAAAUGACAAUUUAUAAAUUUACGAUUUAUAACAAUGCCCUACGUAUGGUGAUAUGUAAAGGGUGGGAACUCAGAUAGAUAAUAAAAAGUUUUAUAUACCUACAGUAUUUAUGAUUUUCCAUUGUUAUUGAAAAAGUAAACCUCUUUCUAGGCUUAUCAUAAAGUGUGUUUUCUUUUAUCUGUUUUUUGUUUACUUCAUAAAGUAACAAAAUUAUUUUUGUUCAUAAAAUUACGAAGACCAAAUAGUGAUAGUGAAUUCUAUUAUUGAUGUAAAUGUAAAAUGUGUAUAAAUUAAUCAAUAUCUAAAAACUAUGGUAAACUUAGUUUGUAAAAUGAUAAAUAUUGAUACUUAGAAUUAAAAGUAAUUAACACCAUUUAAACAGAAUUUUGAAUAAUUAUAAUUAUAUAUACCUCUAUGAUAAGUAGUAAUUAUUUUUAAUUUUUAUUUAUUUAACUAAUAUACACAGGCGAAAUAAAUAAUAGGAAAAUUUUUAAAAACUAAAUCUUAUUUGUUUUAGAAUACAUUUCUUUUUAAGUUUUCUCUAAUUUUCUCUAAUUUAAUAUUUGAAUAUUUUUCUCUGUUUUAAUAUAUUUGUUGUUUGUAGGCACAUUAUUGAUACUUCUGUAGUGUGAUUGUUUAUUAUUAAGAUAUUUUAUUUCAAAAAUAAUAUUUUUGUUUAUCCUUUAAUUUUAUAGUUAGACAAAUUUGAUCUCACACAUUUUCUUUUAUUAGAGUUUUAAAAAUUAAAAUAUUAUUUUUAAAUUUUGAUAGUUGAUUUUUAUUUUACCUAUAUAGGUACCUAUUCAAAGGAUAUAUUGUAUGAUAGAAUAUGUAUUGAUUUAAAGUUCAAAAUAUUCUGUAGAACAACAGGUUUAUUUUAAAUUUGAAGUAAAAUUCUUUUGUAUUAUUUGUGUAAACUAAUAUAAAUUAUUUUUUUCCUGCCCUAUUUAACUAACAAAAAAAAAAAAAUAGAUGUAUCUAGAACUGUACUUAAUGAACUCUAUUUAACACCAAGGUGACAAGGUCAUUAUGUGUCUAUUUCUGAAAAUAAUUAAUUUGUGUAUAAAAACUUUAAACUAAGGUAGGUAUAUAUAUAUAUAUAUAUAUAUAUUGACAUUUUGUAUAUAAUAUAUUUUUUGAACAUUUUGUUAUCAUUAAACAAUUAGUAGAUAUUUGAAAUUUAGGCAUAGGAAAGAAAAUGUCAUUCAAAAAAGCAGAGCCAUCUGCUGAGAAAUAAAAUAAUUAAUUGAAAUUAGAUUGACAAUUAUUUGAUAGAAAAUUAAUUGGUACCUACUUCUAAUUUAUAAAAGAAAUUUGUUGCGGUAUAACCCUUUAUAAAGAUUAUACAAUUUUACUAGCUUCAUAAUUGUAUUUGUUUAUUGUAUAAUUAACAAUAAUCCACAUAAGUACUUUAAUGGCACUUUUAUUUUGUAAUUGUCAUGCAUUGUGUAUCACUUAAAUAAUAAUUUGUAAAAUAAUUAUAUCAUUUGAUUUUGAGCCUCUUUGGUGUUUACACAAAUAAAUAAAUAGUGGGUAUAAAAAACCAACUUUGAGUUAUUGUUUUUGUUUUUUAUACAAAUACCUAUUGUUGAAAAAUUAUUCCUUUUAUGUUUCAAAUUGAUUUCUUAAUAUACUCUAAAUCUUUAAAUUACUAUAAUCAAUCAACUGUUAAAUUUAGAAAUUAUUGAGAUAAUACUAUGAUUUCUAUAUAUAAUAAUAAAGUUUUUCAUUAUUUAAUGUAGAAAUAUUUUUUUUUUUUGAUGAUUGUAUAUUUAUUAUUAUAAAACCUGGUUGUUAAUGUUCUACCCAACUGUAUGUAAAAAAAAAAUUACAUAUUUGUCGUUUAAUCUUUGAUAAUAAGUUAAGUAAGUUAAUAAUAUCUGUUAUUGAAAUCCGUUAAAAUCAAAUGUAGGUAUUUCUUAUAAUAUGUUAUUUUCUUGAUCUCAUUGGAUGAUUAAUCAGGACGGUAAGAAUAACAUUUGUUGAGCUAUUAAAUAUUGCUUAAAAUCAUUAUUUGUUUAUAAUGUGUGCAAGUGUGAUUAGUUAAACUUAUAACAUUCUAUUUGGAACUACCCAAUCGACUGAUGAAAUAUUAUUUUUCAAAAUGACUUAAUACUACUUAUUUAUCAUUAUUUUACUAAACUAACUUAAUCAAAUAUUUAAUUAAUUUAUGUAUAAUGUAUUCAGCAUUAUUAUUUAUUGUCUAUUAACAUAUAUGUGAUCUAAAUGUAUAUUUAAAAGAAUCCCCUAAGUAAUGAACAUUAAUUAAACUAUUUAAAUUCUUAUAAAGUUUCAAAAUACCUAUUGAUUUUGAAAUUACAAAAUUUAAUUAUCCUUAUUUUAUUGAUCAAUUUAAAUAAAAAAUGUAUUCAUUUGAGGAUAUAGAAAUAAUACAUGUUUUUUUUAUUUAUUAUUUUAAAGUAAUCAAUACAUAUAAUCUAUACAGUAUUGUAAAAUUAGUAGGUUUGAUAGAUGACAGAAAAAUACAAUUAGUGGUGAAUCUUAAUAUAGGGAGGUUACAUAGUGGUAAUACUCAGCAAUAUUUAAGUUAUGGCUGAUAUGGUCUUUGAUCUUAAAUAAUUAAGUACACAUAAUAUAAGAAUAUAAGUAAUGGAUGUGUUGCUUAAUAACUAUGCAAUAAUAGUUAAUACAAUAUAUUAUGUAUAUUGUUGUACUUAGAAAAUUAUGAAUAAUAUUAUAAAAAUAUAAAUCAAAUCUAUCUUACAAAUAAUAUUUAGACAAAUAACUUGGCACACAACAAAAUGUUUCAAGGUUAAAUAAAAAAUUUAUCCAUAAAUGUUCAAACUAUUUUGGGUCUUAGUCAAUGUUUAGCAUAGUUUUAUUAUCUACCUAUUUAUUUCAUAGAUAUGUAAUGUCUUGUAAAAAUCAUUGAGUAUAAAAUUCUGAUUACUGAUAUACAGAUAAAUAUUUAUUUGUAUAAAUCAUCUAUGUUAUGGAAAAAAAAAAAAUCCUAUUUAUGUUCAUGAAUUACUUAUAGUGAAUACCUAUUAAUGAUAAUUUUCAAAUAAUGUUAUACAAUAAUAAAUAAACAUUGAAUAAUCAACUAAACUAUGAUAUGAUAUUUAUUAUUUCUCUGAUUAUCUUUGUAAUAUUAUUUCAUUAGGUUUUUUUUUUUAUCAUUAUUGAAAUUGUAAAUGAAAAAUGUAUGUUACUAAUUACUUAUUUUACAAUAAUACAGUAUUUAAUAAUACAAUAUUUUACAGUGGUUUGAUGUAUUGUGUCAGUUUAGAAAAAGUUUUUACUCCUUUGUUUGACUAAUUUAAUUUUUAAAACUAAUAAUUAAUUGAAUAGGGGAAUUUUAUUGUCCCUGACCUUACUAUAUUAUAGUUUAUAUUAUAUGACCGCUCUAAACAUUAAGGCUUGAAUUUUGAUUUAAUAAAGUAUCAAUUUAACAUCAUGCCGCUUAAUAAAUUAUGUAUUAUCGCAAACCAUAUUUCAUACAUUUUUACUUUUUUCUAUUUUAGUAAUUUUAAUACUAUAUAUUAUGACAUAAAAUAUAAUUAUAAAAUAUAUAUUAAAUAUAUUUAUAAAAAUAAUUAUAUGGUAAAUAAGUAUACAUAAAUUAGUAUAUAAUAUGUGAGUUAAAAUUUAAUUAUCUUGGUUUCAAUUCAGAUUAAUAUUCAUCAAAGUUAUUAUUGUAUAAAUUGUAAAAAAGUUUAUUUAUAUUUAAAUAAUUACAAAAUACUUAAUACAAUAAUUUUGGGGAAUGUACAAAAUGUAUCUAAAUUUAAAAAGUUUUUCAGUUUUUAUUUCUAUAGUGUUAUCUUGAAUUUGUUUUAACAUUGAUAAUUUGAGUACUUAUUAUAUCAAUUUUUUUGUUUUCAGAAAAAUUGUGGCCGUCUGAUUAAUAUUAUAAUCAAGCUGGAGGCGUCCGGGGUAAAAACACUGCUUCGGGAGUCAUCUCAUCUGAGUAGACAAGCCUCAAAAAAAACCUGUAGCGUUUACACUUUAACUGGUAAUAUACUUUUUGAAUUAGAUAUACAUACUUUAGAAGUAUAAUUAAUUAAUAUGUCUGCAUUUAAGAAUAUUAGAUAGUUUUUAAUAUACUGCUUAAUCAAAUAUCCCAUCACAAACCAUUUUGAUUCUGUCGCCGCCUUGUUUGGACCAUGCCCAAUAUUUAUAAGUGCCAACUAUCUGGUACAUUUUGUGCCGGUAUUUUUAAGCAACAACGUCACAGUCUGUCAGCAAUUGAUGGCGUCUAAACAGUUUCAUUUGUAUGUUCAAUAAAAUUUAAAUGGUUACUUUAAUUUUAAUUAUUAUCCCUUAAAUAAUCAGAAAACAUAAUAUCAGACAAAACUAGUUUCAAAUAGUUAAAACAGUCUAUGUGAGAGUUGAUAAAAAAAAAAUAAUAUGAAUAUUUAGCAAUUUUCAAACAGCUAGUACACAAAAGAAAACUGUCUUGCAUUUUGUAACUGGAACUAAUUCUGAUCAACAAUUUCCACUUCAUUGACUUCAUAACUGUAUUUCCUCUAAUACAGUCGUAUGGAAUAGUAGUUAAGUUUAUGUAUUUGUUUUGUAUUUAUUCAGUAUAUUUAAGAAAACAAGUUCUAUCAUUUAAAAUCUACAAUGCUUCCUUUAUGUUUUACCAGAAUGUGUGGUCGUAAUCAAGGUGUGCAUGAUUUAAUUUAAUUUUAUGUUUUUUAAAAACUUUGUACAGAAAUAUGUUCAGAUUUUGAUAGCCUUGUACAAUAUGUUUAAACAUAUUUCUACUCAGGUUUCUUUCAAUAUUCAGUUUUUUUAUAAAAAAAAAAGUAUUAAUUUUUGUAUAUUAAGUACCUAUAAAUAAUUAAAAAGAAUUUGGUAGGUUUUUAAUAAUUCAAGGCCAUGUUUCCUUGGCCUGAUGAUCAUAUAAGUCGACCACAAUUUAAAAACAAAGGAAAACGAUUUGAUCAAAGACAACAAGACAUUUUAAAUACUUGGCAAUCAGGUAGGUCCGUUCAGUAAAAAAUCAAGUGUUCAAUGACUAUAUAAUUUGGAUUUUUAAUUUACCUUAACAGCUAUUGUUUGUUUGGACUUAUAUUUAGAAUCUUAUAUUCAGUAAUUCAUUCAUAUAUUUAUACUAGGUAGUAGAUACAUAUGUCCCAGAGUUUGGACAUACACCAAAAUAAUGUCCGUUGAGCUUAUUAUUUUGACUGAUUAUUAACUACUGAUUUUUGUUUUGAAUGGUUUUGGGUUGAGUUAAUUAUUGUUAACAAUUAAAAUAAUAACUAAUCAAAAAUAGAUUAACUAAAUAUUUUUAAGGUUAUUUGAAGUAUCUUCAUAGCAAAAAAUAUUGCUGUUAAAUAUUUUGUUUUUUUUUUUUUUUUUUUUUUUUUAUGUAUUAUUAAUUUAUUUUAUCAUAAAAGUUUUGUGCGUUUUUUUUUAGAAAUAUGCAACAACGAAGACCUUCCAGAAGUUGAGUUAAUCAGUUUGCUGGAAGAAACUAUACCACAGUAUAAAUUGAGAGCAGACACUUUAACACAGUUUACUGGUAAGAACAAAGAAUUUGAUUUAAUUUAUUUUUAAUAUUUGCAAUCAAUUUUAAUAUUUUAUAAUAUACUAAUUAUACAUAGUGGUUUUAACUUUAAUAACUAGUGAUUAUUCACAAAGAUAUAAAAUACAUUUUAUUUUGGAUUUAUAUGAGGUUUUACAGUUAUAUUAUGAUAAAAAAUCUUAUCUGUAGUAUUUUCAAAUAUCAACAUUAAUUUGAUCUGCAAAUAGCAAACCAUAUUUAUUUUAUCUUAAAUUUAAAAAGAAAACAUUUAUUCAAAUGGUAUGAUAUGCAUUGAUCUAAUAUAUGACUAAUAUUGUACAAUUUAUAAUAAGUUAAAAUUUAAAUUAAAGGUAUGGUGUAAGAUAUUAAUUGUUAGAUAACUAUUCUAUAUUUCAUAAAACUAAUUGAUUUAAUAAUUAUUAUUUAUAUAAAUUUAAGCCAUUGGUUUAAGAAUAGUUGUUUCUGUAAAUGAAAAUAUUUAAAGAAAAUUUGGUCCUUAAUCAAAGACAAAAAUAAAAAAAUCAAAAAUCAUUACAUAUAUAUAAAUGGAAUAGAGGUAACACUUUGAAAACAAUGUAAACACAAUUCUAGAAUGACUGCCAAAAAAUAGAAAUCUGAUAUUUUUGUUUGUAAAAACUAAUAUAUUGGCAUAAAACCAAUAUCACACCUGGAAUUUUAUUGGUUGCAUAUAAUACAAAGAUAAUUGAGUUUUCUGCGUAAAUAUAUUGGUAUUAUAUUAGAUACUAUACUUAUUAAUGAAUGAUGUCAAAAUUAAUAUUUUUCGAUUGUUCUCGGACUAUUUGGCAUAAGCACCAAAAACCAUUUAUGUAUGAUUUAGUUUGUUCUAAAUUUAUUUGCCGUAAUUUUUUGGUUUAACUUUACCUAUUUAAUAUUAUAUAGCUGUCAGUUAAAAAAAUAAAAUCAUUUUAACUUUUUUUAAGUUUUACAUAAAAACAUUUAAACAUUGUUAAAGUAAAUUUCAUUUAUUAUAUUGAUACCAGAGUUUGUACGUGAUAAUAUUACAUAUGCUAAAGUGACACAAAAUGAAUUUUGAAAAAUUGGCGGCUAACACCAAAUAGUCUGGAAAUAGUAAAUUCAUUAAAUAAUAUAAGUUAAAUGUUAUGUUUAAAAAAAAAAUGUAUUUUCUAAAUUUUCAAACUGAUAACUGAUAUUUUCAGGGAUAUGUAUUUCUGGUAUUUAAAAAUUGCAUAGUUUUUAAUAUCAACUUAUGACUUUUAUUUUAAAUAUUAGAUAGGUUAUUAGAAGAAAAUAUCAGAAAACUAAAUAAUAUCAUCACUACUUAAUCUUGUAUUGGUAUCAAAUUUGCAAAUUUGUAUUCAGACAAUAUUUAUUUUUAAUUCCCUUACUUUUGACAUUUAAACUAAUUAAAGUACUUUUUUUCAAAGAAUAACACUAAUUAUUUCUAAAUAAUAUAUUUCUGUAUUUUUUUAUUUUUAUUAUUUAAAGUCUAGUCCAAAUAUUAAGUAAUUUUGUUAAUAACUUUAUUGCUUAUAUUAUAAUUUAUAAAUAAUGUGAAAUAAUGUACAAUCAUUAGUUCAAAAUCUUUUAUAUAGAUCAGAUGUUUCAGAUUAAAUAUGUCAAUUCUAAUAAAUUAUUUAUACAAUUUCAGGCUAUGAAAAUAAAGAUUGGUAUAUUCCAAGUCCAGCAUUAAAUGAAGACGAAGUUGAUACAGCCACUCUUUCUAAAGAAUAUAUUCGUGAAACUCUAAAUUAUUUUCGUAAGUAUUUAUAA